UUUACAAUUUGAUUACAUUGAUGAAAAUUGUGCUAUAAAUAAAUCUACAAUAUAUAUACAUAUACUAUAGACCAACUUUCUUACUUAAAAAUAUGAAGAGAGGACAAGGGAGGCAGAAAAUAGAAAUAAAAAAGCUCCAAAAGAAGAGCAGAAAACAAGUCACCUUCUCCAAACGACGCUCCGGCAUCUUCAACAAAGCCGGAGAGCUCUCUCUCCUUUGCGGCUCCGACAUUGCCGUCAUCGUUUUCUCCCCUAACGGAAAACUCUUCUGCUUCGGUCACCCCUCCGUCGACAACCUCAUUCACCGUUAUCUUAACGGAAUAUCCCAUACUGCUACUUCAACGAAUGACUCGGAACAAAUUGCCGCUGUGGACGGCACGAUCAGGACUUACGUGGAAUCCUUGGAAGAGUUGGAGGCCGAGAAGAAGCAAGUGGCCGAGGCCAGACUACUCUCGUCGCUUCUGAAGGAGGAAGAAGAAGAAGAAAAGGACGAGUUUCGAGGAGGCGGCGCGUGGUGGGACGAGGCGGUCGACUGGAUGGAACUGGAGGAGCUUGAGCAGUAUGUGGAUGCGUUGAGUGAGAUGAGGAGAAAGGUCUGCGCUAAGGUUCAGAAUUUGACGCAGCCAAAGGCCGACGACGUCGUUUUGUUGCCCUAGGUGCCGUUUUUAUGGUUUGUGUUUAUCUAGCUACAAGAAUAAAUUACUGUAUGCUUUAGAUAUAUUCUC